AUGGAGUUGCAUGGACUUGGAGACAAUUUGGUGGAAAUUGCAAAAACCAAAGUUACUAUCGAAAUCCAGCCAUGGUUCCCCAGCAGCUUUUCGUUCGAAGUCGAAGCGCUUGUUUUACCAGCUCUUGCAUCUGUUCAUUUGCAUUCUUCCUUCUUCCACAAUAAGCACGUAUGGAAAAACUUUGAAUUGGCUGAUCCCAACUAUUACAAGAAUGAAAGGAUAGACAUGGUGCUUGGCGGCGAUGUGUAUGUCGAGAUACUCAAAAAUUGCAUACAUAAAAAGAAUGGAAUGUUGGGGCAAAAUACGAAGCUGGGGUUGAUGUUAUCUGGUCCGUUAACUGUUCGAGCACCAGUAGCGAAGAAGGGUGUCAAUGUCACUACAGAGAUAGAAAGGUUUUGGGAGACUGAAGAGUUGGAGAUUGACAUGGUUGCAAACGAUGACAAUAAAUGUUUGGAAAUGUAUGCUGCUACAACGAAAAGAAAUGCUGCCGGGCGUUUUAUAGUGCAAAUCCCAUUUAAAGAAGACAAAACACUGGGAGGAUCAUAUAAACAGGCAGCAGCGAGACUCAUUAGCCUUGAAAAAAGGUUGAGCAAGGAUAGUGCCAUGAAAAAUGAAUAUGCAAGGAUUAUGGAAGAAUAUCAAAGUACUCAUCUGAUGUUACAACGAAAAGAUUAG